AUGGCGACAGUCUCGGAGUUACCACACACCAACAUGUCCUACCCUCCAUCAUUUUUUGAGGACUUGCUGCUGUUCAUGGAGAGUGAUCCCUUCUCGCCCCCGUCCGCCGGCGUCGGCGAGGCUCUAGAACAGCUCCUGUUCCAAAUCUCUGAUCACCUUGCGUUCGACGAAGGAUCCCAGCCAGGAGGGUCGCUGCCGUUGGCCGUCGCCGGAGAGGAUGAGAGCCGCCCCCAGGCGGCGGCGAACGGCACCGACAAUUCGAUUAUGGUCGAGCAAACGAGUUGCAGGAUGUAAGUAUAAUUCCCCUCCCGUUCGCUUCACCAUGCACCAUGCACUUGCUAAAUUCGCAUUUUUCCCAUAUUCAAUCUCAGGGAAUGCGAAGGCACGUCCAAGAGAGCAAAGAAGGAUUCAAGUCCAAGAAUCGGAUUCAGGACGAGGUCAACUAUCGAGGUAUUAGAGGAUGGGUACAAGUGGCGGAAGUACGGGAAGAAGUCGGUCAAGAGCAGCCCUAAUCUAAGGUAUGCCGUUUGGGGGUAUGUAGAUUAGUCCCAAAUCGAAUGAUCAGAGGCGUUCCUAUUUUCCUAUUUUGGGUUUUUGCUUCUGCAUUUUGCCGAUUUAGCACCAGUGGCUUAUAAUACGGAAGAACCCUACAUGCAGGCAGAUCAAUGGAAUACUCCCUCUCUUCUUCACUUUAUUGUUCAGUAUAUUACAUUAGAAGAGUCUCACCUCGAUAGCAUGUAUUCGAUUUAAAGUAUGUAGAGGUGUGAGAUUUACGAUUUCUUCUUAGGCUAUUGCGCUUUCGAUUGAUCAUCGUCGUUCGAUAUUUAACUCCUGACGAGCUGCGACGACGAACCAGGAACUACUAUCGGUGCUCGACGGCGGGAUGCGGCGUGAAGAAGAGGGUGGAGAGAGAUGCGGAUGACGCUAGCUACGUUAUAACAGUGUAUGAAGGGACGCACAACCAUCUGCCAACCGGCGCCGUCUACUACCCUGUGCCAGUCAGUGGCCAACACGCUACAGUGGCACCGGCGGGCGACAUUGCCGCAGCUGCCUGGGGUUCCUCAAGCAGCGCGAUGAGCACGAUGCGGCUGGAUCCUCAACGAUGGGAGACUCACGGAGCCCACUUGCCUUGA